GCUAUAGCCCCUUCUAUUUUUCUGCGGUUUAAAACACUUCAAAUUAUUCGUUUUUUUUUACACCUAUAGCAUAUUCAUGUCGAUGCACACUCCGUUGCGGUUCAAAUCGGCCACCAGCUUGUUGUCACAAGAGUCCAAGUACGAAGCGGUGCCCACGGUUUCCAGCAUCACAAGCGUCAUCUACAGUAACGGCUCCACCGCCACCAUCACGGAAGCGUCCAUCCAGCUGAAGCUGGCCCUGCAGACACUGUUGGUGUCGCUGCUGUCACUGGCAUCCGUCUCCUCUGUGCCCCAAAUAAUAGAGCGGACACACACGGACGACCACCCUGAACCCGAGUUGCUAGCCUCCUCGGUGGGCAAAGAGAUCAAUGGCCGGUUAGUUCCGUCUUCUUCGGCCAUUUCUUUGCUCUCGCUUAACCUUAGUCACACGCUUGAGCUGGAGCUGGAGCUGGAGGCGUUGCUCGCCGACGACGAUGUGUUUGUGUUGGGGCCCGUUUCGCCGCAGCUGCUCACACGAAGUGUGUUGUGUGUUUCGCCUCUGAAUUUUAAGAACUUUUCCGAAAAUAAAGCCUUUUUUCUCGAGCCUGACUUUCUCGGCACGCCCCCCAACCCCAGACCCGCGCAGCCACGAGCUAACUCUGCCACGAGCAUCUCUCGCUGGAGCACCCGUGUGAACCUGAACGUCCAGCAACAGAGAAAUCCCUUGACUGGGUGUGGAUCCUCAAAUCUCAACCCUAUCUCAAGUUCUAUCACAAACUACCCCCCAAAUAACAGUACAAAUAUCGCCAGUAUUAAAGAUAAAGCACGGGUAUUGCCUACGCGAGCGCAGUCUCCGAAAUCCCAGCUUUUUGCCUCUCCUGACAAAGCGGCAACGUUUCCUAUCUACAUCAAGUCGGGCCCCAAAGCAAAUACAACACAUACACAUGUUCACCUUGGAAGUGUACCAGACUCGCCCAAUUUGGAUCCCAUCUCCGUUGGCGGCUCUCCUUCAAAGUUCUGGUUGAAUCCCCCAAUGCCCAUAGCUCAUACAUCCCCCGAGAUCAUCCAGAGGCAAGCCGCUUCGCCUCCACUCUACGUCAUGGCGCAAUUAUCACCACAGCAGCCGUCGUUGCUUCUGGUCCGCGGGAUCUUGCCCGCAGCUAUCUCUAUUCCGAUCAACGGGGAUGAGAGCCCGAACCUUAUGCCGGUAAACACGCCGUCUGAAGCCCCACCGAUGACGCCGUUGCAGCUCAGUACUAUGGAUAUGAGUUUAGACAGUGUGUGGGAACUAGAAAGAGAAAAUGGCGAGCGAGACGAAUCAGAUUAUGACAGUAGUUACUACGAUGGCGGUGCUGACGAUGGGCCCGCAGUGGAAUUAUAGCUAGAAGAGUGUUUGGUUAGAGGUGCCUAUUUCAAUCGAUUUCCAUGGCUGUAUUAUUAGGUACCAACAAGCAAAUGAGCCUUUUUUUUCCCCCGCUCUAUAUCCACGGGGCUUGGGCUGAGUCGUUAGCAUACUGAUUUUUUUUUUGGAAAUUCUUCUCC